AGCAGCAUGUUUGUCUCGCCGGUCCCUCCUCCUCCUCCUGCUCCUCCGUCAUGCUGCUUUGCCCCCCAUCCCCCUCCCAUUGGCUGGCAGCCGUCUAAACAGAUCCAGCUGCAAUCACCGCCACCGCUGCUGCUGCAACGAGCUGCCGGCUAUUUGAUCACCCCCAUCCCGCACAGCCUCUGCCUUCGCCGGUCUGCAAGCUCACGGACAUCUGCCAACACAUCCAUUAUGACGGGCGUCGCGGCUGCCUCCUUCUUCUCCAACGUUUGCCGGUUUGGCGGUUGCGGGCUGCAUUUCGAGUCCCUGGGCGAGCUCAUCGUUCACAUCGAAGAUAACCACAUCGACACAGAUCCCAGAGUUCUGGAGAGGCAAGAGCUGCAGCAGCCCACAUAUGUUGCUCUGAGCUACAUUAAUAGAUUCAUGACUGAAGCGGCACGCAGAGAGCAAGAAACUCAGAAGAAGAAGGUCCAACCUAAAAUUGCUAUAUCAGUCACCGGAGGUGUAUCACGUAACAGUACGGCCACGCCCCCUCGGCACAGCAACGGCAGCCUAACUCCACCCGUCACCCCUCCCAUCACGCCCUCGUCCUCCUUCCGCAGCAGCACACCCACAGGCAGUGAGUGUGAUGAGGAGGAGGUGGAGUAUGAAGACUCUGACAGCGACGAGUCCUGGACUACAGAAAGUGCCAUCAGCUCAGAGUCCAUCCUCAGCUCCAUGUGCAUGAAUGGGGGCGAUGAGAAACCCUUCGCAUGCCCUGUUCCAGGAUGCAAGAAAAGAUACAAGAAUGUGAAUGGUAUUAAGUACCAUGCUAAAAACGGGCACAGGACGCAGAUCCGUGUGAGAAAGCCCUUCAAGUGUCGCUGUGGGAAAAGCUAUAAAACCUCUCAAGGCCUUAGACAUCACACCAUCAACUUCCACCCACCUCUGUGAUACACACACCAUCGUUUUCAAGUGUACCUAGUCAUCCUUUCAUUUACAUUUCUGGAUCACAUGUAAACUGGGAUCGAAUGCUAAUUUCAUUAUUAUUGUUUUUCACUUUUUUCUCUUUAUGUAUGUGAUUUUAUAUAUACAUGUAGAUAUACUUGAACAUUUGCACAUUCCAUGUAUAUCAUUUCUUUAUUGCUUUUUUUCCUUUUCUUUUUUUGUACGUAGGUAACAGUCACUGAUAAAUGAAAAUGACUGUGCUGAAGAUUAGGAAACGACGUAAACAUUUUUUUCUGAUUUUAAAGACUAUUCAGAGAAAAUGGUUUAAAAUCAGAAGAGUUAAGAAAUUCUGGAUAAUUUCUUUUUGUUCAUCAAACCUAUUAAGUGAAAACUACAGUGGGUAUGUUGAAACAUGUAUAUAUAUGAAAUUAUAU